GCGGAAGUGGCGUGAGCUGGGAGGUGGUGGCGGGCGACGCUCCGUGGUUUGCUCGGCGCAGACUGACGAUGCGAGACGCCGUUCUGCUGUAGCUGCUGGGGGAACUCGAGGAGCGGUGGAAGAUGAGUCGGCGCGGCAGGGCGAGGCGUGGCUGGAGGGGUCAGGACAACGGGUUCGAGGAAUGGGGGGGCUACAUGGCAUCCAAACUGCAGAAACUGGAGAAGCAGUUGAACUCGGACACUACAGCUGCGGGAGCAGACGAUCAGCCGGCGAUCUUUCAGGGGAUCGCCAUCCACGUCAACGGCUUCACCGACCCGCCGGCGAGCGAGCUGCGGCGGCUGGUGCUGCAGCGCGGCGGGCACUUCCACACGUACUACUCGCGCUGGAGCACCACGCACAUCGUCGCCACCAACCUCCCCGACAACAAGGUGCGCGGCCUGCAACCCGACCAGAAGGUGGUGCAGCCCCAGUGGAUCACCGACAGCAUCGCCGCGGGGAGGCUCCUGUCGCACGUGCCGUACCUGCUCCACUCGGGCCGCUCGCGGUUCCAGCGCUGCCUCAACUUCACGGCCAUCAGGCCGGCCGAGUCAGGCCACCACGACGACAGUGGCAACAGCGGCGACAGCGGCGGCGGAGUUCACCCUCGCGACAACAGCGCGAGCACCAGCACUGACGAUAUCCCCAGGAGAGUCCCAUCACCAGAGCUGGAGGAGCCGUGCCCAGACCCGGAGACCGGCUCCCAGCCCUGCGGCACCAACCAAGUCCAGCGUCGCCACGAGGGUUCAGCAGCUCAGCGGGAGGAGACCGGCGCCGCUGAGAGAGAGCCCGGCACGGGGGACACGGAGGGACCGGGCGACUUCGCCGAAACAUCGCUCGCGGAAUUCGCGACGGCGCUGUGGACCGACGACGACGACGGCACAAACGAGAUGGGCAGCGGUGACAGCAGCGCCAGUGUAGGCCCUGGCGCGUGGGACGACGUGACGGACCCCUCCUACCGCCCGAGGCAGUCCACCUCCGCCGUUACCAGCAGUGCGAGUACCAGCGCCGAACGUGCGCCCAGGAGAGUCCGUUCACCGGACGCGAGCGCCGGCGUGGGUACCGGCGAGCGGGGCGGCCUAGCGGAAACUUCCGACUCACCAGCGCCGUCCACAUCCGGCGGCGACGCCGGCGGCGGCGGUGUCGCCAAGGCGCCGUCGUCGCUGCGGUCGAUGCGCGCGACCAACGACUCGGGCUUCAUCGCCGAGUACUACUCGCACUCGCGGCUGCACCACAUCGCCACGUGGAGGUCGGAGCUGGCGGCCAUGGUGGCCGAGAUGCACCGCACGAGCGACGGGUUGUCCUUCCCCGGCAGGGAGCGCCUGCGGGCACAGACGACGGAGAAGGGAGCGACGCCGGCUGCGGCCACCGCAGCGCCAGGUGGAAGCUCACCCGUGAUCAUGCACGUGGACAUGGACUGCUUCUUCGUGUCCGUGGGAAUCCGCGACCGCCCGGACCUCAAAGGGAAACCCGUGGCGGUGACGCACACACAGGGUAGGGGACCCCAGCGGCCUCGCCCGGGCGCCGACCCGCACUACGAAAUGCAGUACUACGAACGCAAGCUCCGCGCAGCCGGUGGAGCGAAGGCUGGCGGUGAGGAUAGGGGGAAGACUGACGGCAGAGGAGAAGGAGGAGGGGGAGGUGGGAGCCGAGUGGCGUCCGACACGGCCGCCAUGUCCAUGGCGGAGAUUGCAUCCUGCAGCUACGAGGCCCGGCGCACCGGCGUGAAGAACGGCAUGUUUUUUGGCCGAGCCAAGCUGCUGUGCCCCGACCUGCAGACGGUUCCCUACGACUUUGACGGCUACCGCGAGGUGGCACAGGCGCUGUACGAGACCCUCGCCAGCUUCACGAACGAGGUGGAGGCACUGAGCUGCGACGAGGCCAUGCUGGACGUCACGGCCGUGCUGGCCGACACUGGCGCCGGCCCCGAGGAGCUGGCGAGCGCCAUCCGCGCCGAGGUGUUCGCCCGCACGCGCUGUUGCGCCUCCGUGGGCAUGGGGUCCAACAUGCUGCUGGCUCGGCUGGCCACGCGCAAGGCCAAGCCUGACGGGCAGUUUCACCUUCGGCCGGAGGUCGUGGAGGAGUUCAUGAGGUCCCAGCCCGUGAGCUGCCUGCCAGGCGUGGGGCGUUCGCUGGAGCAGCGGCUGGCGUCGCUGGGCGCGAGGACGUGCGGGGAGCUGCAGGCGCUGCCCCUCUCCGCCCUGCAGCGGGAGCUGGGCCUCCGCACCGGCCUCUCGCUGCACCGCGCCUGUCGCGGGCAGGAUGGCCGCGUCCUGCAGCCGCAGCGCGAGAGGAAGUCCGUCUCCGCCGAGAUCAACUACGGCAUCCGAUUCCAGCAGCCGGAGGAUGCGGAGGCGUUCCUGCAGCAGCUCUCGGAGGAGCUGCAGCGCCGGCUGCGCGCGGCGGCGGUGCGGGGGAGGAGGCUCACGCUGAAGGUGAUGGUGCGCAAGGCAGGCGCGCCCGUGGAGACCGCCAAGUUCGGCGGGCACGGCGUCUGCGACAACGCGUCCAGGAGCAUCGCGCUGGAGCAAGCGACGGACAGCGCCGCGGUCGUGGCGAGGGAGGCGAUCUCACUGUACAGGCAGCUGAGAGUCAACGCGGCCGACAUGAGAGGGGUGGGGCUGCAGAUGCACAACCUAGUGCCGACCGGCGGCGGCGGCGGUCGCGAGUCCGGGGGCGCCCUGGGCGGUGGCCGUUCUGUCGGAGGGGCGGCGGACGGACGGCCGGGCCGCUCGGUCCUCGAGCUUCUGCACGCGCGGGUCGCUAAACGCGAUGACGAAACGAGGGACGCGAGGGACGCUGUGUCGCCUGGGGCGGUGAGCUCCACGCCGGCGGCAGGACGAGACGCACCGGGUCCUUGCGGCUCACGGCCGGCAGGCGCCUCACAGACGCCACCACGGUCCGUGGGGCUCGACAUCAGCAUCGAAAUCCCGUCCCCGUCACAGAUCGACCCCAGCGUCCUGGCGGAGCUCCCUCGCGAGCUGCGGGCCCAGAUCGAGAGGGGCGUCGAGGUCAAGGGGCGGCAGCGGCAGGAGGGCCCACGGGAGGCGGGCGGCGAGCAGCCGCCGCGGGCCUCCACGUCGGCGGGGCCGCGGGCCACCGCCGCGGAGAAGGCCACGGCGGCGGGCUGCUCUUCCCGAGAGAGCGCGACGGAAGCUCUCCCGGAGCGGAGUUCAGGUGGCGCCGCGGGGACGAGUGAGCAGAGCCGGAGGGGUCGAGGACACACGGACAGCGCUACCAUCACGGCUCUGCCGGCCUUCUCACAAGUCGACCCAACAGUGUUUGCGGCCUUGCCCGAGGAACUGCAGCAGGAGCUGAGAGACGCCUUUGCCCAACAGGGCCGGCGCACAGCAGGAAACUCAGGCCCUGGUGCCACCGCAGGCCCCAGUGAAAAGAGAGCCGUGCAGCCGGGCGCUGGCAGGGGAGGAGGCAGAGGUCGCCGAGGACGACCCGGCAAGCAGCCGGAUGGCAGCGUGGCGAGGAGAGGAGGCCGCGGCAGCCCGGGCAAGAGAGGCCGAGGCAGCCCGGGCAAGUGGCCGGUAUCUGUCCACCUGGAUACCGGUUUGAAGACCGGCUCUCUGGAGCCUGAAGCGGCGGCCAGAACCGCGGAAGAGAAAGCGCUCGAAGUAACCGGCGAGCAGCCUGGAGCCCAGGGCGUUCACGUGAAGCCACGGGGAGAUGCGUCCCUCGCAGGGCCCCUUGUGGGACCCCCGCGAGCCAGCCUGGCCGGCUCCACAGAGCUGCACGAAGUCAAGGCCUUGCUCAGGGACUGGGUGCACAGCUCUGAAGCCCCGCCGGAGCAGGAAGAUGCUGUGCAAGUUACAAACUACCUCCAGCAGCUGCUGCUGCACCAGCGCGACCUGGAGUCGCUCUACCUCGUCGUCCGCUACAUCAAACGGCUCACGGAAGGUGCCCGCGAUGCCGCGUGGCACACCACGUUCGAGUUCAUCCUCGACAGCGUCCAGGCCUUGCUGAAGCGCACGUAUGGCAGCACUCUCAAGCUCUGAUGCACGACACUUUGCCGGCCGUGUGUGUGAAGCGGCACUAUGGGCAACGUGAGCUACCUCCAAAUAAACACAAAACACCACUCAACACCGACUCAAUUCUAAGCGUAACACAUUACGCACGACACGGCUAACAAUGGCUCACCAAGAAUCUUAACCAUGUUUCAGGUCUAGCAAGUAAAUAAAUAACAAUUUGAAGCCCUCUGUUAAUAUUUUAAAUGUAUCUGGCUGCCAACGGAGCAUUGCGCAGGCUCUUGGUGGUGUACACGAGGUUACUGCAGUGCUGCAAUGACUUUGAGCGACGAGAACUUGCUAGGUUCGCAUCGAGAGGCGGUGGCUGGUGAAGGCCUUCAUCCAACCGUGGAUAGACCAUGGCUAACGAUGGUAUUCACUUUGGCUUUGUUUAGAGAGUACGCAUUAAAUGUACAACUCAUUAUUGAUCCACUCCUUUAUGACACAGGCCGCUUGUUGCAAGAGUGAUGUAUAGACACAUUAUCCAAUACAUUUAGUUGAUGGUAAUUGCUAAUAUAAAUUCUAAUUAUGUUCUAGAAGGGCCAAAAGGCUAACAUUUGGUACAAAUGUAAUCAAGACUAAGCGCUUAAUUUUAAACUAGAAUUUUUUUAUUAAAAACCAGGGUCGAAUUAAAGGUUUUCAAUUGAAUCCCAGUAUUAAGCACUUUAACCUUUUUCACUGAUGGAAGUUUUUUCAGCUCUUGUCUGGAGUGUCACGUUAAAGCCAAUAAAAAGUGGACAGAGCUCUGUGCAGGCGUACAAGUACACACACUAUCUAUAAAUGAAUGAGAAUAUCGGUGUGCUAUGUUGCUGAAUAAUUAAAGUGCCUGCAACGGUGUAUUUUCCACAGUAUUACCACCACAAAUGGACAUUCAGCACUUUCAUUGUUUGCAACAUCUGUGUUGUUUUUUUUUGCACUGCCAUAGAAUUAAAAUAUUUUUGUACUGAA